AUGAGUCAAAGCUCCUCAACCAACCACGGGCGAGGUCGGGGUCGAGCGCAAACCCCUACAUCCCAUCGCCGAAAGCGAAAAGUGCUUAGUUGCGAGCAUUGCCGAUGCUCCAAAUUAAAGUGUGAUCGUAAACAGCCUUGCGGUGCAUGUACGCGGCGAGGGUGGGAGCUGUCGUGCUCAUUCUUGACCACCCCCAGUGUCGCGACUGGGUCCAUUAAUCUUCAUCCAGCAACGUUCAGUCCUUCAUCGUCAAAUGUGACACCCAGGAACACGUUCGCCGCUCCCUUGGCCCCAUUGAGACAACCUGUUGCUAGUGGUUCGGCUGAUAGACUUGAGCGGUCGGGACCCGGUGAAAUUCAAGAUUCCCAGGAUAACCGCUGGGAAGCGGUUCUUCAACGGCCGUUUCCAGAACACGAUCCUGUCGCAGCAACUGACACUUUGUCUCCCUUUUCGAUUGGCCCGAGUAUUUCGCUUCAAGAUAUUAUUGAUAUCUUACCCUCUAGAACCAUCUGCGACUGUCUGGUUUCUCAUUUUUUCAAUCAUAUCUCUGCUCUGUUCCCCAUUCUCCAUGGCCCAACAUUCCAGAAGCAGUAUGUUGCCUUCAUGCAACAGCCCUACCAAGUUGACCUCUCUUGGCUGGCUUUAUUUUUUUCUAUGUGCUCUUUGACAUUGAAUACUAUCGAGCCGAGUGACCCUAGACUGGUUGGUUUAUGGCCAAAGGGGUCACAUUCCAAGGAGCAAGAGGCUGUGACUUUGUCCCGUCGGCUUCAGCAAACUGCCAUGGUUUGUCUUUUACAAGAUCAAUUCUUUAUCCGACAUAAACUCAGCACAUUCGAGGCUUUGCUGAUGGUGAUAUAUAACCUUUCUCAUAACGAGUCUGUCGAUCAAGGGUGGGCCUUGUUAGGUAUGGCCUUAAACAUCGGCAUAGCCCUACGGUGCAAUGUUGAUUCUCAGGGACUUGACCAUCUUGAGACUGAGAGACGUCGACGCUGCUGGGUUGGUAUAUUGACAUUACAUACCUACCAAGCUAUUCUCUUUCGGGAUAUCGACAUGUCAUUCCUUCUUGAUAUAAAAACCACAAUGCCCGCCGAUGUCAAUGAUGCUGAUAUCACCCAAGAGGGCAUCUCGCGGCCAUCUAGUGCACCCACGCAGAUGUCCAUGAUGAUGUUUAAAGUUCGGCUUUUCCGGAUCUCCACUCAGAUCUGUCACCACAUAUCUGGUCCCUCACGAUUUGAGGUAGAGCCAUUGAAGGAGUUUGAUGCGACAAUCGCCGAGGAACAACGGAGAUGGGACUCGACCUAUUUAGUGGAUGGUGUCCCAAACAUAUUGGAUUCGAGUUACGCAUAUUGGUGCAUUCUACAAACCUAUGCACACCAGCUUUACCUUCUACUACAUCGUCCUUUUCGCCAUUCUCGGUCACCAUGCUUCCUUGCCACAUCCAGAGAGAGGUGUAUAGCUUCCAGUGCUGCCUUAAUAGGCAUCCAUCGUCAUAUCUACGAAGUUCCACUGCUUCGACCAUAUCUCUGGUUGCUCAGGGGCGUUACAAGCUUAGAGGCACUUCACGCUGCUGUGGCGCUCAACUCGUGCCUUCUAGAUAUGCCAUUGUCUUUUGAGUCAGGCCCGUACCGGCAGGAGUUGAACAAACUCGUCCUUCGAAUGGAGAACCUUUCUCAUCGAAGUGCUAUCUGUUUGAAGGCGCAUCGCAUUCUUCUUCAAUUACAAGCCCCGUUUGGCGCAGAAAACCAGCAACUACCGAAUUCGGAAAGUCGGUUCGAGAGCACAAUUGAAGACUGGACUGAUAUGCGGGAAUGGUUUGGGCCGGAUCUUUUCAACUGGAACUUGGAUAACGUUGGCAAUCUUCCUGCAGUUUAA